UUCGUAUACAGAGAAUUAAUCCUGUUCGCUGUUUUAUUUCAACAGCUGAUCGUUUUUCUUCUGUCAUUUUUUUCCGUCGCUCAAUAUUUGAUCCCAGCUUCAUCCACACUUCCGGCUAUCGUCAACAAUUAAACGAGAGGGACGAAAAACCUAAACCCCACCAAACCCUAGCUCAACUCCUCCCAAAAUGGAAUCCCUCGGCGUUCUUUUCACGUAUCCAAUGGACCUCUGUCUGGAGAAGGAGCUCGGGCGGCGGUUCAAGCUCUUCCGCCUCUGGGAUUCGCCUCCCGAAAAGCGUAAGGAAUUUCUCCGGGCUAACUCCGGCGAGAUACGGGCGGUGGUGGGGAACUCCGUGAUGGGAGCCGACGCAGAUAUGAUCGACGCUCUGCCGGCGCUGGAGAUCGUUGCAACCUUCAGCGUGGGGCUCGACAAGAUCGACCUCGAUAAGUGCAGGGAGAAGGGAAUUAGGGUUACCAACACCCCCGACGUUCUUACGGAGGACGUCGCGGACCUCGCCAUUGGCUUGGCGAUUUGCACCAUGCGGCAGAUCUGUCAGAGCGAUCGCUUCGUGCGGAGCGGUGUCUGGUUGAAAAAUGGGGCUUACCGGCUUACUACAAAGUUCAGUGACAAAAAAGUUGGCAUUCUCGGACUCGGCAGGAUUGGCUUAGCAAUCGCCAAGAGAGCUGAAGCCUUCAAUUGUACUAUUGGCUACCACUCGAGAACAGAGAAGCCAAACACGCACUACAAAUACUACCCAAGCCUCAUAUCUCUGGCAACAAACUCCGAUGUGCUCUUCGUCGCUUGUGCUCUCACCCAUGACACUUUCCACAUCGUAAAUAGGGAGGUUAUUGAUGCUUUGGGCCCUAACGGCUUCCUUGUGAACAUCGGUCGUGGACCUCUUGUGGAUGAGCCUGAGCUCGUUAAAGCGCUUGUUGAAGGCCGACUGGGAGGGGCAGGGCUUGAUGUAUUCGAGAAUGAACCUCAAGUCCCAGAGGAGCUUUUCGGGCUUGACAAUGUGGUGCUGUUACCUCAUGUCGGAAGUGGCACGGUGGAGACUCGGAAGGAAAUGGCGGACCUGGUUAUUUGGAAUUUGGAGGCUCAUGUGCUGAAAAAGCCUCUGCUAACUCCAGUGGUGUGAUGUGGCUAGAGGGCCUUCUAUUUCAAGUUAUCUUGUGGAUCUUCAUUGAAGGAGGUGAUCUUUGAACAAUAAUAUUUAAUUUGGUGAGUUUAUGGAGCAGUUUUUUGCUUAAGAUUGUUGGGGGUGUUUUGGGUUAUUUCUAUUCAUUUAGUCCUCCUCCUGGUUUCUUUUCUACUCAUUUUUAUUAUUUUUGGAACCAUUGUUAAAGUCACCUUUGAUUUAAUGAUUCCUGUUCCUUAUAA